AUGUCGAACGUCUCCAGGCGGCCAAACAAGGAGCAGCGUACGGCUCUAGCCCAGCAGACACUCGCGCUCACUGCGCGUAUCAUCAACACCACCAAUGCCACAAAUGAAGCAGACCUGUACUCGACACUUCUACCCCGAAUCACCCCAGAUCCAAAUGGAACACGACCAAGAGUCACAGUUCAAAACAGCGACAGCUUCACAACCGCCCGCCUCAUCCUGGAAACCAACCCAACCGCCAAAAUCGGCGUUCUGAAUAUGGCCAGCGAGCGUCAUCCCGGAGGUGGAUGGCUUCGUGGAGCACUAGCGCAAGAAGAGGCUCUGUGCUUUCGCAGUACACUCGCUGUAACUCUGCACAAGAAAUUCUACCCGCUUCCUAUGUUCGGAACUAUCUGGUCUCCGAACGUCACUGUGUUUAAGGAUGAGGUGGAUACCUGGUUUUGGGUUUACCAACCGGCUGAGAUGUUCACUGUUGGGGUUGUCAGUCUUGCGGCUCUUAGAAGACCCCUUCUUACCCCCGAUAAGAGGAACUACGGUAUGUUGAUAGCCUUUCAAGCAUUUAGAUGGAAUACUAAUUACUUCAAAGCCCGCCCACAAGAUCUUCGAACGGUCAAGGAUAAGAUCAGACAGGUGUUUCGCGUUCUCGCAGUCAAUGGUACCACACACUGUGUGAUGGGGGCGAUGGGAUGUGGUGCAUUCCAAAACCCCCCAGUCGUGGUCGCUCAGUGUUUCAAAGAUGUCCUCGAGGAAGGAGAGUUCAAUGGCGCAUUUGAAGAAAUCAUCUUCGCAGUUUUGGACAGUAGAGCGGAAGGAAACUUUGAGAUAUUUCGCGAUGCCUUACAGGCAUCCUGA